ACAGAGCCCCCAGAGCGGGUACAAAGACAGGCCUGUCCGCGGGGGCCGGGGCGGAGCCGGGUCGCGGAGGCCGGCGGACGGCACCCGGGGGUGGGGAGCAGCGGCGUGCGGAGGGGGUCGCGGUGGGGUCCGCGCGUAGCGAAGCCGGUGGCGGGUGCCGCGCGCUUUUCGGUUGGGCAGCUCGCCUGCGGGAUCCGCUAGCUGACGAUCCCCGGGAUGAAGGGGAACACGGGCGGGACAGGUUAGAGCCGAGACCCGAAGAUCGAUUGGCGCCUCCGCCCACCUUCCCUCCACGCCUUCCUGAAAGACAGGUCCGAACCGCUCCUGGAUCCAAACUCGUAGAAGGGCCAGGAGACAAAAUGUCCUCAAAUCUAUUCCCGGCAGCACAGAAUUCUGCAGAUAAAGGAAAUGAUGACACAAUCAAAAAGGACAGGCCUUAUAAAAUCUUUUUCAAAGACCUCUUUCUUUUUAAAGAAAAUGAAAUGGCAGCAAAGACAAGGGAAAAAGCUAAGAACCGUAGCAUGAAAAUCCACCAGAAGUCGACUUUUUCAUCCCGAAUGAAGAGUCGUUCACACCUGAGCCAAAUAGCUUACCGCUCUGAAACAAGCGGCUCAUUUGAAAAAUAUGGGCUAGAUCCCAGUCUCAUUCUCAGAUUAACAGACGGUUCAGACACAAAAAGGAGUGUUCAUGAAUUUAUUAAUGACCAGAGAGACAGAUUUCUGCUUGAGUACACUCUGGCAACCAAAAGAAACACAAUUAAAAAGUUUGAAAAACACAUAGUAAGGAAAGAAAGACAACUCACAAAAGCCGAAAAAAAACUCCAGGAUGACGCAAUGGCCUUUGAAGAGUUCCUUCGAGAGAAUGACCAGCGAUCUGUAGAUGCUCUUAAAAUCGCAGCACAAGAAACAAUAAACAAACUCCAGAUGACGGCAGAGCUGAAGAAAGCAACUAUGGAGGUUCAGGCUGUGAAGAGCGAAAUAUCAAAAGCAGAAUUCCUCCUUAGUGAGUACAUGAAAUAUGGGUUUUUUCUGCUGAAAUUGUCUCCAAAGCAUUGGCAAAUCCAGCAGGCACUGAAAAGAACACAGGCAAAAAAUAAAGCAAGCACCAUCCUUCCAAAACUAUUAACAAAGCUCACAUUACAGCCAAGUAAAAAAGAAGACAGCCUGCAGGAUUCCACGCAGACAUCAGUCGUUUCAGAAGACUCUUCUCAGGGAAAAAGUCCCCAAGCAAAGUCACUCAAGCGGUUCACUGCCACCCCAGAGAAAACAAAAUCAGUGGUAUCAAGCCAGGCUGAAAGCAUCACUUCAGAAGACAGUUCAGAAUUAGCUUUGGAUGAUACAGACUUUGAGCUGGAGCCAGUGCUUUAUUUCAAAGAGCCAGAAGAAUUACUUGCAGUCCUUACAGAGCUGGAAGAGCAGAAUCUUACUUUGGUCCAAUAUUCCCAGGACGUAGAUGAAAAUCUUGAAGAUGUAAACAAAAGAGAAAAAGUGAUACAGGAUAAAAUAAAUACCAACAUAGAGUUUCUUUUGGAGCACAAGGAAAUGCUAAAGGCUAACUGUGUGAGAGAAGAGGAAAAAGCAGCAGAAUUGGAAUUAAGGGCCCGGCUAUUUAGUUUUGGAGAAUUUAAUUCAGAAACUCAGAAGCAGGAAGUGCAGCAGAAUGUUACCUGGAGAACGAUUUGCAUUGCCCAGCAGUUUAUUGAGCUCCUCUUAGCUGCGAAUGCCCCGCAUACCCGGGUAACAAUGGAGAAAGAGGAGAACAAUGUUCUUAUGGUCCCAGGACAUGUUACCUUCAAGCUCAAGAGUAUCUACCAGCGGUUAAAACAGCGCAGUGUCGAGGAAAAACUGAUAGAUUCACUUAGUAGAAAAAUUAAUCAAGUGUACAGAGUCUGCAUUGGAGAUGCGGAGGUUGGCAGCCUCAACCCAGUUCAAAAGCUGGUAAAAGUAGAAUCUCGCCUGGUGGAAUUAAGUGACCUCAUAGAAUCCAUUCCGAAAGAAAAUGUGGAAGCAAUUGAGAGGCUGAAACAGAAAGAACGGCGGCAAAAGUUGCGUGAAGAGAAACUGAAAGAAAAACAAAAACACCAGGAGGAAAGGCUAAAAGCUGCUCUGGAAAGAGCAGUAGCACAACCAAAGAAAAAGUUGGGAAGACGACUUAUGCAUCGUUCAAAACCUCCGUCUGGUAACAAACGUAAACUACUUUUAGGCCAGGAUACAAGAUCAAAAAUACAAGAGGAAGAAUUUUUUUUUACUUGAAAAGGAGCAGUUAAGACAUUUCAUUGCCAGAAUGUUUUAGGUAUAUUUUGUAGAUUUUGGCUUUCAGUAAUGGCAACAUUCUGCCCCACAUAUUAGCCUCAUCAAUUUGAGGAAGACAGACACUUAUUUUAAGAGCUAUAGGAUUAAGAAAUGAGCUAUUUUGUUGAAGCCUUCCAGUAUUUAUAUCGUGAAAUAUUACUCUACAUAGCUAAACAUUUAUAGCUAUACUUUGAGUUGUCUCAGGGAUACAAAUCCAAAUUUACUGAUAAAACGAUAUGAUAAAUGACUAUUCAAGUAUAAUAGCCAUUUUCCAAUAACAUGAGAAUUUAAAUGACAUUUUCUCAACUCCUUUGUAGGGAAGUUCAUAGCAUUUGGUUAUCACUAUAGAAUAUACAUUUUAACAAUAUAUAACUCCAAAAUAUCCGGGUUUAAAACUUAAGUAAAAACCACUAGAUUAUGGUCUCAGAACAUAAUUGUGAGACUGGUUCCUAUUUUACAUUAAGUUCUCUUCAGAAAACUUUAUUCUCUUAAGUGAACAAACCAUAUGUAUGCCUUCAGCAUAAAUAUAAGUCCACAGUUUUGUUUGUGCCCCAUCGCCACAAUCAUUUUAAGUUAUGGAUGAUGUAUCCAUUUUGGCUAUAAUGUGCAUUUACAUCAAUAUAAAUUAACAUGUAAUUUAUUAAGUAAAAUAUAUAUUAGCACUAAGAAAAUGUUUACUUUAUACAUGUAAAAUGUGGUUCAAAAAUAACUUGAAAAGAAGAAGUUGCUU